GUAAUUUGAUAUUUCAUUGUAGUCUAUUAUCGUAGACACAUCCAUGAGUGAAAAAUUGUUAGUACUUAGUACUUGAUCCCCAUAAGGACAAAAUGGUUGGCAGAUUGCUUAGCGGUGAAAUCUGGGUGGAUAGUAUGUAACAUGAACAUCAUGAUUGCGCUUCAUUUGUUGAAUCGAUAGGUGUGACUGCGACCAAAGUGGAUGCCUUUUCUUCCACUUCCUCCCCAACACUCCCAUUUCCUGCGAGCCCUCCUCCACUGCACCCGCCACACAGACCUCCGUAAAGGUCGAGCCUUGCACUCUCUUAUCCUCAGAACCAGUUCCAUCUCUGCCACCUACCCUCGCCAACACGCUCUUAGCCUCUACGCCAAGUUCGGCCACAUCGCCAAAGCCACCCUCGUGUUCCACACCAUCGCCCACAAAGACGUCGUCUCAUGGAACUCUCUCAUCAACGCCUUCUCCCAGCAACAAUCCCACGCCACCUCUCUACACGCCGUGCGCCUCUUCCGCAGCAUGAUGGCACACAGCACCCUCCCCAACGCCCACACCUUCGCCGGCCUCUUCACCGCCGCCUCCACGCUCUCCGACGCCCGCGCCGGCCUCCAGGCCCACGCCGUUGCCGUCAAAACGGCAUGCUCCCACGACGUCUUCGCCGCGAGCUCCCUCCUCAACAUGUACUGCAAAACGGGCCUCGUUUCGGAGGCGCGUCACCUGUUCGAUGAAAUGCCCGAGAGAAACGCGGUUUCGUGGGCCACCAUGAUUUCCGGGUACGCUUCUCGUGAGCUCGCGAAUGAGGCUCUGGAGCUCUUUGAACUCAUGCGUCGCGAAGAAGAGGGUGAAAAUGAGUUUGUUCUCACUAGUGUUCUUAGCGCUUUGACGAGUCACGUGUUUGUGGACACUGGAAGGCAGGUUCAUUCUCUUGCCAUGAAAAACGGGUUGGUUUGCAUUGUGUCUGUGGGGAAUGCUCUUGUCACGAUGUAUGCGAAAUGUGGGAGCUUGGAGGAUGCGCUCAGGACUUUUGAGUUGUCGGGGAAUAGGAAUUCGAUCACGUGGUCGGCUAUGGUCACUGGCUUUGCGCGGAGUGGGGAUGCUGAUAAGGCUUUGAAGCUGUUUUAUGAUAUGCAUCACUCUGGUGUGUUUCCUACUGAAUUUACUCUUGUUGGGGUGAUCAAUGCUUGCAGUGAUGUUUGUGCUAUUGUGGAAGGGAGACAAAUGCAUGGUUAUUCCUUGAAGUUGGGGUAUGAAUUGCAGUUGUAUGUUUUGUCGGCUUUGGUGGACAUGUAUGCGAAAUGUGGUAGCAUAGGGGAUGCUCGGAAGAAUUUUGAGUAUAUACAGCAACCUGAUGUUGUUCUUUGGACUUCCAUAAUAACGGGGUACGUGCAAAAUGGGGAUUAUGAAGGUGCUUUGAAUUUGUACGGCAAAAUGCAGAUGGGGGGAGUUAUCCCCAAUGACUUAACUAUGGCGAGUGUCCUAAAGGCUUGUUCUAGCCUGGCAGCAUUAGAUCAGGGAAAGCAAAUGCAUGGCAGGAUUAUUAAGUAUGGUUUCAGCUUGGAGGUUCCGGUUGGAAGUGCUCUUUCUGCCAUGUACGCCAAGUGCGGAAGUUUGGAUGAUGGGUAUCGCAUCUUUUGGAGGAUGCCUGCAAGAGAUGUGAUUUCGUGGAAUGCAAUGAUAUCUGGACUUUCUCAAAAUGGUCACGGCAAUGAAGCCUUGGAGUUGUUUGAUGAGAUGUGCUCAGAGGGAACGAAGCCUGAUAGUGUCACGUUUGUGAAUCUUCUCUCUGCUUGUAGUCAUAUGGGACUGGUGGACAGAGGGUGGGUUUAUUUUAAGAUGAUGUUAGAUGAGUUUAACGUUGCUCCAACUGUAGAGCACUAUGCUUGCAUGGUUGAUAUCUUGAGCCGUGCUGGUAAACUCAACGAAGCAAAAGAUUUCAUUGAAUCAGCAAGGGUUGAUCAUGGUCUGUGUUUGUGGCGCAUAUUAUUAGGGGCAUGUAGGAACCAUCGUAACUACCAUCUUGGGGCUUAUGCUGGAGAGAAACUAAUGGAGUUAGGCUCACCGGAAUCAUCUGCUUAUGUGUUGUUAUCAAGUAUAUAUACAGCUUUAGGAAAGUGGGAAGAUGUGGAGCGUGUCAGGGGAAUGAUGAAAGCCCGAGGGGUGACUAAAGAACCUGGUUGUAGCUGGAUUGAGUUGAAAAGUCUGACUCAUGUAUUUGUUGUUGGAGACAGCAUGCACCCGCAAAUUGAUGAAAUACGGUUGGAGUUAAAACUGUUAACUAAUUUGAUGAAAGAUGAAGGAUAUCAACCACUUUUGGAUUCAUUGCCUCCUGAAACUGUCAGUGAUGAUUUGAAAGAUCAAGAAGGCAGCCAUGAGAUAGAACCUCGUGUUUGUGUUGGCUUGUAGCAAGCUUGGGGAGAUGAUCAACUCAUGCGCAAUGCAAGACUAUUGUUCAUUGUAUUCAGAAAACUCUUUCGUGGAUGCAUUUCACCGGAGUAUUGCAAUUAGUGCAUUCAUGUGGCUCUCUCGUGCUUUUUGCUGAUUGCUUAGCCGAGAGGAUUGCCACCCCUCAAGAAGGAAGGUAAUCGACGUGCCAAUGAUUUGAAAUCUGGCCUAUAGCCAAGAUUUUCAAGAUGUGAUUGAUAAGAAUGAAUAAUUAGUUUAUUAGUCAUGCUGUUUAUGGGAGAAAAUACUGACGUGAAUCACAAUCCAGAACCAGAAAGAGGUCAGUAGUCAUUUUAUCCAGUUAGGUCAAUCAGCGGGAGCAGACAACAAGCUAACAAAUCAUACUUGCUUGAAUUCCAACUAUAUAAUGCGUUGGGUCAUUUGUACUACAGAGUGAGGCAACUGUAUGUGCUGGCAAUAUCUUAGACUCCAAGGUGUUCUUUUGGUUUGUUUAAAUUUGGCCUAGCUCAUAUAGAACAAAAAGAAAUGCUAAGCUCAUAACUGGAAUUGCUAUUUUUUUGAUCUACUGCUAAAUAUUUCUAGUUUGAUCUGCUAGAUGACCUGAUAAUAUCUGUUUGACAAUGUACUGUGAGUUUUCAGUUGAGAAGCAUAAAUAAUUGAACUGACAUAUGUAAUAAAUAUAUCUUCAUUUGAUUU